AUGGGUGAACCUACAGAAAAGCCGCCCCAGGAAAUUGAAAGUGAAGACGAAGAGGACCAGACCUUCGAAACCCUCGGACUCGACGGUCGUCUUAUGCGUGCCCUAAACAAGAAGAAAAUUCACAAACCCACGCCCAUUCAGCUAGUCGCUAUUCCUCUCACCUUCAAGGUAAGACAUUUGCUUCAGAAGCUGUUCGCUUCGGAAUCAAAGAAGAAACUUGCUCCGAGUGCAAUCGUUCUCGUCCCUACCCGGGAACUCUCUCAGCAGGUUUAUUCAGAGGUUUCAUCAUCGAUUGAAUUCUGUAGAGCUCCUUUGAAAGUUGUACAGUUGACAAGCAGCAUGCCUGCUCUUGAUUGGCGGACAGCUUUAGCGGCACUACCUGAGAUUCUGGUUAUUACACCAGCUUGCAUAAAGAAAUGCUUGUCUGAUGGUGUUCUUCAACCAGCUUCCAUUGAUGAUUCACUAGAAAUUCUCGUUCUCGAUGAGAUGGAUCAACAAGCUAUCAAUCGCAUACCUGGGUCAAUCUGCAGCGCGAUAGUAAAGGCUCCGUGUUGGCUGGGUGCAGUCGCUGGCUACGGGAGAGGAUGAGGAUGAGGAUGAGGAUGAAGGAUGAAGAGAAGAGAAAGGCAGCAGGAGAGAUGGUUAGAGUUUGUUUUAUGAUUUGGAUGUUGUAAAUAUUGAAAAAGAUAAGGGGCAAUUUUGUCUUAAAAUGUUAAAAAUUUGUGUUUCAUAGAUGUGAAACUAGUCAUUCCA